CCAAAUCAUGUCGCUCAAGCAGACCCUGGCGUGCUUCCCGCUGACGCAGCGCGGCGCAGGGACGCCGCUCAAGACGGAUGCCAAGCGCAACCUCCUCAUCUACGCCCGCGAGCGCACCGUCGUCAUCCGCGACAUCGUUCCGACCGGCGGCCAGCCCAUCCAGGUGCAGCUGUACACGCAGCACACGUGUACGGUGACGGCGGUGGCGAUGGCGCCAAACGGCUGCUGGAUGGCCACCGGCGACGAGCGCGGGGUGGUUCGCAUCUGGGCCUGCGACCACCCGGAUCAAAGGAUGAAGAAAGAGGAGCCGUACUACAUGCUCGGCGGGAAGGUGCUCGACCUGGCGUGGAACGGCGAAAGCAACCGGCUGGCCGUGGUUGGCGAGGGGCAGCCCCCGGCCAAGGUCAUCAUGUGGGACAGUGGCAACUCUGUCGGCGACAUGAGCGGGCACACGAAGAAGGUGAACGCGGGGGCCUUCCGCCAGUGGAGGCCCUUUCGGAUUGCGACCGCCGGAGAGGACAAGAGGGCGCGUCUCCGCAGAGAGAGAGCCACCAGUCGUGUGCGCUUCUACGAGGGCCCGCCCUUCAAGGCGUCCAAGGAGAGGCCGAUGCUGGCGAGCAAGGAGGGCGACCUCACCACGCACUCCAACUUUGCGAACACGGUGCGGUACUCGCCGGACGACUCGAAGGUCCUCUCCGCGUCCAACGACAUGACCGUCGCACUCUUCGACGGCAAGGACGGCGCGCCGCUCAAGGCGGCGAAGGUGCACGCGGGGACCAUCUACGCGGCGGAGUGGUCGCCCGACGGCAAGUGCAUCGCCACCGCCUCGGGCGACAAGAGCGUCAAGAUCCUCGACGACGGCCUGGCCACGAUGAAAGAGGUCAAGCUCUGCGCCGGCGCGAAGCCGGACGCGGGGGACAUGCAGGUGGGAUGCGUGUGGGCGACGGCGGGGGUCGUCUCGUACUCUCUCGGCAGCGACCUCUCCAUCAUCGACCCGGAGAGCGGCGCCGUCACGGCGACGCAGGUGGUCGCACACCCUCCCCUACCCCCCAUGGUACCCGAACCCACCCUCCCCUACCCCCCAUGGUACCCGAACCCACCCUCCCCUUCCCCAGGGUACCCGAGGCCACCCUCCCCUACCCCCACGGUACCCGAACCCCGCAGGUGGGGCACAACCAGUCGGUGUCGGCGCUGCUGUGGGCCAAGGACCGGCUGA